CAUCAACCAAACCACCCCCAACUAUCUAUCAAUAUCAGAAAGUCCCCCAAAUAUAAUGACAAUAACCACCAAACUAAUCACCGUCGUCGGUGCAACCGGCCGCCAAGGCUCCUCCGUGGUCUCCUCCCUCCUCCAAAACCCCAAUUUCCGCGUCCGCGCCAUAACCCGCACCCCAUCAUCCCCCAAAGCCAGACACCUCGCCAGUUUAGGUGCAGAGGUGGUCAAAGCCGAUGGCUUCAAUACCGAGGAAUUAUCCCUCGCUUUCGCGGGGAGUUGGGGGGCAUUUGUGAAUACGAAUUCUGAGGAUCCGGAACUACUAGCAAAAGGUCUAAACGACGAAGACCUCGGACGGAACAUCAUCUCCACCGCCGCGGCAUGCGGUGUGCAGCAUUUGGUGUAUAGUUCCGGUCUUCCAGUAUUCGAACUGAGUAAUGGGGCGAUAUCUAUCCCCGGGCUUGAUCUAAAAUCCAAAGUCUACACCCACGCUACAACCCUCCCUUUCCGCACCACGACGCCCAUAAUCGCAGGCUGGUUCAUGGAAAACCUCCUCGAACGCGAAUACGCCGAUCUCUUCGGGGGAUUCCCGCUCAUCCCUGAUGAAGAGGGGUACUUGACGUACAAAACGCCGCUGUGGGGUGGGAAAGAAGAUUUUCCCUGGAUCAGUAUCACGGAUGACUUUGGGGAUUUGGUGCAUGGGGUGUUUUUGAAUCCGGGGAGGUGGAAUCGGAGGGUUGUGCAGGGGGUGGGUCAGGUUUCGGGGUCGGAGGGGGUGAGUAAGGUUUUUGGGGAGGUGACGGGCAAAAAAACACGGUAUAUCCCCCUCCUUGAUCCCCAGGAUAUGAACACGCAAGGGGAGUUUUGGCGGGAACAGGAACGGGAUGUGUUUGUGUUUGCGCAGUCCAGGGAUGGGGAGUAUUUUUGUAAUGGACCGACGGAGGUGGAGACGGCGGGGGAGUUGAAGAGGGCAGCGGUUAGGGCUAAGGGAGGGGAGGGAAGGGAGGAGUUGAUGACGGUGAGGGAGUUUAUGGAGAGGGAGUUUGGGGGGAAGUUGUAGGUGGGGUUGCUUUGUUUGCUGUGUUGAGAGGGAUGGUCAGGUUUGGGGGACGUGUCUUGUUUGAGAAAUGAGGUGAAAUGACUGGCAUGUGUUAUGUCUAUUACUUGGAUAUGGGGUAGUUUGGCUGGGCGGUAUCCCUUGCGGUUUGCGUAUGGGUGCUAUGCACGGGGUGAGUAGCGGUCAAUAUGGGUUGGAUAGUAUGUCUGCAUAACGUGGUCAUGAGUGAGUGGAAAACUGUUUGCAGGCAAUGGGGAAAUAAUUACGAUCUUUCAUGAAUGCACUGUCGCUGGGGUAAAAAUGAAGGAGUCAGUUGGCUCUCCAAGUCCUUGG